AUGAGUAUAAGCUCUUUGAGAAUAUUUAUGAGUAUAUGCUCUCUGAGAAUGUACAUGAGUAUGAGAAAAAUGUUGCAUGUGACAUGUUACCUUCUCAUUUGAGUAUGCUCAUGAGUUUACUCAAUGAUCUUAUUACAUGUCACAUAGGAAUGUGCUCACUGAGCAUGCUCAAGAAGGUACCGUAA